CUUUCUUUCUUACUUGGGGCAACUUCCACCUAUAAAAACCUCCUUCUAUUACUUUCUCUGUCCGGAAUGACCUGAGGUCCCUAUUCAAUUUUUCAAAUGGAAACAGCUUCGUCCCAACAACAAGCAAUAGUGGAUCGAUUGGCACCCGAUCAUGGGGCCAAGUCCAAUAUGAGAAAACAACUCGACGACUUACUCUUUGGCUCCAUAGCUGGACUUGUCGGAAAGUUUGUGGAAUACCCGUUCGAUACCGUGAAAGUUCGUCUGCAGACGCAGUCGCUUAGUAACCCCAAAUACUCUGGUCCAUUGGAUUGCAUCAUGCAAACUGUCAAGCAACAUGGCAUCAAAGACCUCUACAGAGGCAUGUCUUCUCCGCUUGUAGGAUCUAUGAUAGAGAAUGCUGCCCUAUUUGUAGGGUAUAAGCAAGUACAACGUAUUAUACGAGAUGUUUCAGCUACACCUGAGCAAAGGAAGCAGUAUGCCGAACAAGGCACUAUCGAUGAAGACUUACAGCCUUUGAGCUUGAGCCAAUUAAUUUUAGCUGGCACGAUAUCCGGAGCCUUUACCUCUAUUGUACUCACUCCCGUGGAACUGAUCAAAUGCAAACUUCAAGUUCAACAACAUGGUGCUCAAGGAUUAGUCCAUUUCCGAGGUCCUAUUCACAUCAUCACUCACACCUUCCAACAACAUGGAUUGGCUGGAUUUUACCGAGGACAUCUCGCUACUUUCAUUCGUGAAUGUGGUGGAGGAGCGUUUUGGUUUGGAUCAUAUGAAUACGUUUGUAUGCUGUUUAUGCAUCAUCGAGAAAAGCAAGCCGGGAAACCCGUCUACAAGAAAGAUUUGUCGGCUCAAGAACUCAUGGCAGCUGGUGCUAUUGGCGGCAUGUCAUAUAACUUUUCAUUUUUCCCAUUCGAUGUGGUUAAAAGUCAUAUGCAAACCGAGGAAGAGCUCACUGGCGUAAAGCGACGUUUUGGCCAAGUUGUCAAAGGCCUUUGGCAGGGUGCUGGCAUUCGUGGAUUUUACCAAGGAUGUGGCAUCACUGUAGCUCGCAGCGCCCCCACUAGCGCCAUCAUAUUUAUGACAUAUGAACUUUUAUCGCGCCACUUUGGAUAAGGCGUUCGCACACUACUAUCUAUAUGCCUUACUACACCUCGUCGCUAAUGUUGGAAUCCUGGUUUCUUCAUUGUACAUAUUGAGCCGAAUCCCGCAAUAUCCUGUUAGCAUAUUUUUCAGUUCUUCCUUUCCUUUCAUCAUUAUUCUGUUUCUGAA